ACAUCAUGAAGAUAAGGAGUAAGUGAAGGAGGAGGGGUUAAGUGACAUGUAUAACACACCUGUCUCAGAGAAGACAGAGCUACUCAGAGGGAGAGGGACAGCUGACAACAACCACGACAAACAACACCAUCAACAGCAGGUAACAGAGUCCUUCAACAACACCAUCAACAGCAGGUAACAGAGUCCUUCAACAACACCAUCAACAGCAGGUAACAGAGUCCUUCAACAACACCAUCAACAGCAGGUAACAGAGUCCUUCAACAACACCAUCAACAGCAGGUAACAGAGUCCUUCAACAACACCAUCAACAGCAGGUAACAGAGUGAUUCAACAACACCAUCAACAGCAGGUAACAGAGUCCUUCAACAACACCAUCAACAGCAGGUAACAGAGUGAUUCAACAACACCAUCAACAUCAGGUAACAGAGUCCUUCAACAACACCAUCAACAUCAGGUAACAGAGUGAUUCAACAACACCAUCAACAGCAGGUAACAGAGUGAUUCAACAACACCAUCAACAGCAGGUAACAGAGUCCUUCAACAACACCAUCAACAUCAGGUAACAGAGUGAUUCAACAACACCAUCAACAGCAGGUAACAGAGUCCUUCAACAACACCAUCAACAUCAGGUAACAGAGUCCUUCAACAACACCAUCAACAGCAGGUAACAGAGUCCUUCAACAACACCAUCAACAGCAGGUAACAGAGUCCUUCAACAACACCAUCAACAUCAGGUAACAGAGUGAUUCAACAACACCAUCAACAUCAGGUAACAGAGUCCUUCAACAACACCAUCAACAUCAGGUAACAGAGUGAUUCAACAACACCAUCAACAGCAGGUAACAGAGUGAUUCAACAACACCAUCAACAGCAGGUAACAGAGUCCUUCAACAACACCAUCAACAUCAGGUAACAGAGUGAUUCAACAACACCAUCAACAGCAGGUAACAGAGUGAUUCAACAACACCAUCAACAUCAGGUAACAGAGUCCUUCAACAACACCAUCAACAGCAGGUAACAGAGUCCUUCAACAACACCAUCAACAGCAGGUAACAGAGUCCUUCAACAACACCAUCAACAGCAGGUAACAGAGUCCUUCAACAACACCAUCAACAUCAGGUAACAGAGUCCUUCAACAACACCAUCAACAUCAGGUAACAGAGUGAUUCAACAACACCAUCAACAGCAGGUAACAGAGUCCUUCAACAACACCAUCAACAUCAGGUAACAGAGUGAUUCAACAACACCAUCAACAUCAGGUAACAGAGUGAUUCAACAACACCAUCAACAUCAGGUAACAGAGUCCUUCAACAACACCAUCAACAUCAGGUAACAGAGUCCUUCAACAACACCAUCAACAUCAGGUAACAGAGUCCUUCAACAACACCAUCAACAGCAGGUAACAGAGUGAUUCAACAACACCAUCAACAGCAGGUAACAGAGUCCUUCAACAACACCAUCAACAUCAGGUAACAGAGUGAUUCAACAACACCAUCAACAGCAGGUAACAGAGUCCUUCAACAACACCAUCAACAGCAGGUAACAGAGUCCUUCAACAACACCAUCAACAGCAGGUAACAGAGUCCUUCAACAACACCAUCAACAGCAGGUAACAGAGUCCUUCAACAACACCAUCAACAGCAGGUAACAGAGUGAUUCAACAACACCAUCAACAUCAGGUAACAGAGUCCUUCAACAACACCAUCAACAUCAGGUAACAGAGUCCUUCAACAACACCAUCAACAGCAGGUAACAGAGUCCUUCAACAACACCAUCAACAUCAGGUAACAGAGUCCUUCAACAACACCAUCAACAGCAGGUAACAGAGUCCUUCAACAACACCAUCAACAGCAGGUAACAGAGUCCUUCAACAACACCAUCAACAGCAGGUAACAGAGUGAUUCAACAACACCAUCAACAGCAGGUAACAGAGUCCUCUGUGUUUACUUCAACAGAGUGAGAUUAUAUAUCAUAAAUAUAUAUUGUAUAUUAUAUUAUGUCUAUAUAUCUUUCUAAUAAAUGUUUACUGUAAAUGUGUAUAAAGCAAUUAUUCAGGAGAACAAUUAUGUUUUAAGUGAAAUGGAAACACAAAAUGUAAUUUUAAACGAUGGUGAAUUCCCCCCCAACUGGUUAUUUCAGAUAUGAAAACUGAGUAUAUUUGAUCUCUCUAAACAGCAGAUGUGGCCAACUUUAGGUUAAUAGCCUUGUUGUGGAUUGUGUGAAUCCAAUAGGUUUUCCUCUCCAAUCUCCAGGGAUGGACCAAUCUCUGUUCCUCAUCCUGUUGUUCUCAGGGCUGUCCAUCCUCCCCUCAUCCCUCCCUCAUCAGUUCCACUUUGUGAACUUGAUAAAGACCUGGACUGAAGCUCAGAGUUUCUGCAGACAGAACUACACUGACCUGGUCACCAUAGAUGACGACAUGGCAGAUAUGAAGAAGCUCAAUAACACAGUAUCAGCAGCUGGUUGGAUAGAAUCAGCCUGGAUAGGACUAUACAACAUCAUGGACAUCUGGAGGUGGUCUCUGGGAAACAGAGAGUUAGAGGUGGAGGGGUUUUGGGCCCAAGGACAAACAAAUAUUGAUCCCAACAGCAAAGAUGUAUGUGUGUGUAUGAUGCAAAAUGGGUCUUGGUUUAAUAACAACUGUAACACGACUUGGAAUUUCGUCUGCUAUGACAAAAAUGCGACCAAUAAGUACAUUCACAUCAAUGAAUCUAAGACUUGGAGUGAUGCUCAGAGCUACUGUCGGGAGAAACACACAGACCUGGCCAGUGUGAGGAACACAACAGAGAUGCAGGCCAUAAAGACUAUCACACUAACACAUGACAACAAUCCAACAUACAGAGCGUGGAUUGGCCUGCAUAAACCUCUUGGUGUCUGGAGGUGGUCCGACCAGAGUGGCUCCUCCUACAGAAACUGGGAUUCAAACGAGCCGAAUGGGGCAGGUAUGGGAAAGGAAGGAUAUUUCUGUGGAGAAGUAAAAUUGUCUGGAAAAUGGAACGAUAAAGGAUGUACUCACGAACAACCCUUUAUUUGCUACGAUGAUGAACUGGUCCUGGUCUCAGAGAACAAGACGUGGUCAGAAGCCCUGUGGCACUGCAGACAACUGGACAUGGAGCUGGUGUCUGCCCACAACCAGAACAUCCAGCACUGGGUUCAACAGAGAGCCAAGAAGGCCUCCACUCCCUUCGUCUGGCUGGGCCUGAGGUACACCUGCACCCUGGACAUCUGGUUCUGGGUGAAUGGAGAAGAGUCCUGCUACCACAACUGGGCUGUCGGGGAGGGCUACAACACCAUUAAGGAGCAGUGUGAGAACACAGGGGCCAUACAGAGAGACGGGGGACAGUGGGUCGGCAAGUCUGAGACUGAGAGAUUCAACUUCAUCUGCAGCAACAGUACUGAUUACUAGGACCAGAGCCUGUUCUCUGGACCAGCUGAACCGUACAGUCCAACACAUUGUUCCAUAAACUGCUCUGUAGAACAGCUAAACCCAACAGCCCAGCACAUUGUUCCAGACCAAUCUCUGUAGACCAGCUGAACCCAACAGCUCAACACAUUGUUACAGAUCCUGCUCUGUAGACCAGCUAAACCCAACAGCCCAGCACAUUGUUCCAGACCAAUCUCUGUAGACCAGCUGAACCCAACAGCUCAACACAUUGUUACAGAUCCUGCUCUGUAGACCAGCUGAACCCUACAGUUCAGAAUGUUCCAGACCCUGCUCUGUAGACCAGCUGAACCCUACAGCCCAACACAUUGUUCCAGACCCUGCUCAGUAGACCAGCUGAACACUACAGCCCAAUACAUUGUUCCAGACCCUGCUCUGUAGACCAGCAGAACCCUACAGCCCAACCCAUUGUUCCAGACCCUGCUCUGUAGACCAGCUGAACCCUACAGCCCAACCCAUUGUUCCAGACCCUGCUCUGUAGACCAGCUGAACCCUACAGUCCAGAAUGUUCCAAACCCUGCUCUGUAGACCAGCUGAACCCUACAGCCCAACCCAUUGUUCCAGACCCUGCUCUGUAGACCAGCUAUACCCUACAGCCCAACCCAUUGUUCCAGACCCUGCUCUGUAGACCAGCUGAACCCUACAGCCCAACACAUUGUUCCAGACCCUGCUCUGUAGACCAGCUGAACCCUACAGCCCAACACAUUGUUCCAGACCCUGCUCUGUAGACCAGCUGAACCCUACAGCCCAACACAUUGUUCCAGACCCUGCUCUGUAGACCAGCUGAACCCUACAGCCCAACACAUUGUUCCAGACCCUGCUCUGUAGACCAGCUGAACCCUACAGCCCAACACAUUGUUCCAUACCCUGCUCUGUAGACCAGCUGAACCCUACAGUCCAACACAUUGUUCCAGACCCUGCUCUGUAGACCAGCUGAACCCUACAGCCCAACACAUUGUUCCAGACCCUGCUCUGUAGACCAGCUGAACCCUACAGCCCAAUACAUUGUUCCAGACCCUGCUCUGUAGACCAGCUGAACCCUACAGGCCAGAAUGUUCCAGAUGUACUCAGAUGUACAUCAUACAAGGUGACGGAUACUCAUUAUUUUAAAUAAAUAUUUGUAUUUGUUUACAGUGAGCUCCAAAAAGUAUUGGGACAGUAACAAAUGUUUAGUAGUUUUGGCUCUGUACUCCAACAUUUUCAUUGCAUGUUAGGAAUAUUGGACCAAAUAUUUAGCUUUUGACUAUUUUAGUACAUAUUGAAGUGAAUUUCUCCCAAUACUUUUGGUCCACUAAAAUGGGGACUAUGUUCAAAAAGUGCUGUCAUUUCUAAACGAUUAACCCGAUAUGGAUGAAAUUACUGACUGUCUGGACUUUAACCUCAUACUCAUUGUAUUAUUAAAGAUCCAAAAUGCUGGAGUACAGAGCCAGAAAAACAAACAUAGUGUCACUGCCCCGAUACUGUUGGCGCUCAAAGGAAAUAAAUCAUAGAGCUACAUAGAGCUCACUGGAACUAAAACAUAGAGCUAUAUAGAGCUCACUGGAACUAAAACAUAGAGCUAUUUAGAGCUCACUGGAAAUAAAUCAUAGAGCUACAUAGAGCUCAAAGGAAAUAAAACAUAGAGCUAUAUAGAGCUCACUGGAAAUAAAUCAUAGAGCUAUUUAGAGCUCACUGGAAAUAAAACAUAGAGCUACAUAGAGCUCACUGGAAAUAAAACAUAGAGCUACAUAGAGCUCACUGGAAAUAAAACAUAGAGCUAUUUAGAGCUCACUGGAAAUAAAACAUAGAGCUAUUUAGAGCUCACUGGAAAUAAAUCAUAGAGCUACAUAGAGCUCAAAGGAAAUAAAACAUAGAGCUAUAUAGAGCUCACUGGAAAUAAAUCAUAGAGCUAUUUAGAACUCACUGGAAAUAAAUCAUAGAGCUACAUAGAGCUCAAAGGAAAUAAAACAUAGAGCUAUUUAGAGCUCACUGGAAAUAAAUCAUAGAGCUACAUAGAGCUCAAAGGAAAUAAAACAUAGAGCUAUAUAGAGCUCACUGGAAAUAAAACAUAGAGCUAUUUAGAGCUCACUGGAAAUAAAACAUAGAGCUAUAUAGAGCUCACUGGAAAUAAAACAUAGAGCUAUAUAGAGCUCACUGGAAAUAAAACAUAGAGCUAUUUAGAGCUCACUGGAAAUAAAUCAUAGAGCUACAUAGAGCUCAAAGGAAAUAAAACAUAGAGCUAUAUAGAGCUCACUGGAAAUAAAACAUAGAGCUAUAUAGAGCUCACUGGAAAUAAAACAUAGAGCUAUUUAGAGCUCACUGGAAAUAAAACAUAGAGCUAUAUAGAGCUCACUGGAAAUAAAACAGAGCUAUUUAGAGCUCACUGGAAAUAAAACAUAGAGCUAUAUAGAGCUCACUGGAAAUAAAACAUAGAGCUAUUUAGAGCUCACUGGAAAUAAAACAUAGAGCUAUGUAGAGCUCACUGGAAAUAAAACAUAGAGCUAUUUAGAGCUCACUGGAAAUAAAACAUAGAGCUAUUUAGAACUCACUGGAAAUAAAACAUAGAACUCACUGGAAAUAAAACAUAGAGCUACAUAGAACUCACUGGAAAUAAAACAUAGAACUCACUGGAAAUAAAACAUAGAGCUAUUUAGAACUCACUGGAAAUAAAACAUAGAACUCACUGGAAAUAAAACAUAAAGCUACAUAUAACUCACUGGAAAUAAAACAUAGAACUCACUGGAAAUAAAACAUAGAGCUACAUAGAGCUCACUGGAAAUAAAACAUAGAGCUAUUUAGAACUCACUGGAAAUAAAACAUAGAACUCACUGGAAAUAAAACAUAGAGCUACAUAGAACUCACUGGAAAUAAAACAUAGAACUCACUGGAAAUAAAACAUAGAGCUAUAUAGAACUCACUGGAAAUAAAACAUAGAGCUCACUGGAAAUAAAACAUAGAGCUAUUUAGAGCUCACUGGAAAUAAAACAUAGAGCUAUGUAGAGCUCACUGGAAAUAAAACAUAGAGCUAUUUAGAGCUCACUGGAAAUAAAACAUAGAGCUAUUUACAGCUCACUGGAAAUAAAACAUAGAGCUAUUUAGAACUCACUGGAAAUAAAACAUAGAACUCACUGGAAAUAAAACAUAGAACUCACUGGAAAUAAAACAUAGAGCUACAUAGAGCUCACUGGAAAUAAAACAUAGAGCUACAUAGAACUCACUGGAAAUAAAACAUAGAGCUACAUAGAGCUCACUGGAAAUAAAACAUAGAACUCACUGGAAAUAAAACAUAGAGCUACAUAGAGCUCACUGGAAAUAAAACAUAGAGCUACAUAGAACUCACUGGAAAUAAAACAUAGAGCUACAUAGAGCUCUCUGGAAAUAAAACAUAGAGCUACAUAGAGCUCUCUGGAUAUAAAACAUAGAACUCACUGGAAAUAAAACAUAGAGCUACAUAGAGUUACAUAGAACUCUCUGGAUAUAAAACAUAGAGCUACAUAGAGUUACAUAGAACUCACUGGAAAUAAAACAUAGAGCUACAUAGAGCUCACUGGAAAUAAAACAUAGAGCUACAUAGAGCUCACUGGAAAUAAAACAUAGAGCUACAUAGAACUCACUUGAAAUAAAACAUGGAGCUACAUAGAGCUCACUGGAAAUAAAACAUAGAACUACAUAGAGCUCACUGGAAAUAAAACAGAGCUACAUAGAGCUCACUGGAAAUAAAACAUAGAGCUACAUAGAGCUCUCUGGAAAUAAAACAGAGCUACAUAGAACUCACUGGAUAUAAAACAUAGAGCUGUAUCCCACCACACUGUUGUUGGUUCCAUAUUUACUAUACUUGUUGAUGUUAAUGAAUGUUAAAGGGGAAAUUUUAGUUGUUCUAAACAUUCAGUUGAUUUAGUUAUUUUCUAUUACAACUUGCUGUUACUGUUUCCAGAGUCUAUUUCACUUAUUCAUUAUUCAUUAUUUUAUCUCGACCGUUAAUUAUAUUCCAUUACAGAAAUGUUUUAAGAUCUUUUGAGUGAUUUAAGUUGUGUUAAAUAUAUUGUACACAUGUUAUUUCUCUAUGAUACUAGUGUGUAACAUUUAAAUGACAGUAUCUGUUCUGGUGCUGGUGGUGGUCUUCAUGUAAAGGGGCAAUCUGUGAUCUGGAAUUCCAUUUUAGGAUUUAAAAUAAUGUACCCAUUGAUUCUUGAAGAUUAUAACUUAUAAAUGCCUCAUGAUUUUAGUUCAACUGUCAUUUCCCAUCAGAACCCAAAAUGUUAACUUUUUUUAAUCCAGUGUUUGUAAACAAUGUAAUUGUAAACAAACACGGUUUAGUCUCAAAAACAUAGUAUAAACUAUAAUGUUGAUAUCAGAGAUAGUCAUCCUGUAUAGUCUCAGAAUCAUAGUAUAAACUAUAAUGUUGAUAUCAUGGAUGGUCAUCCUGUAUAGUCUCAGAAACAUAGUUUAAACUAUAAUGUUGAUAUCAGAGAUAGUCAUCCUGUAUAGUCUCAGAAUCGUAGUAUAAACUAUAAUGUUGAUAACAUAGAUGGUCAUCCUGUAUAGUCUCGGAAACAUAGUUUAAACUAUAAUGUUGAUAUCAUGGUUAGUCAUCCUGUAUAGUCUCAGAAACAUAGUUUAAACUAUAAUGUUGAUAUCAUAGAUGGUCAUCCUGUUUAGUCUCAGAAACAUAGUAUAAACUAUAAUGUUGAUAUCAUAGAUGGUCAUCCUGUAUAGUCUCAGAAACAUAGUUUAAACUAUAAUGUUGAUAUCAUAGAUGGUCAUCCUGUAUAGUCUCAGAAACAUAGUUUAAACUAUAAUGUUGAUAUCAUGGAUGGUCAUCCUGUAUAGUCUCAGAAACAUAGUUUAAACUAUAAUGUUGAUAUGAUGGAUGGUCAUCCUGUAUAGUCUCAGAAACAUAGUUUAGACUAUAAUGUUGAUAUGAUGGUUAGUCAUCCUGUAUAGUCUCAGAAACAUAGUUUAAACUAUAAUGUUGAUAUCAUGGUUAGUCAUCCUGUAUAGUCUCAGAAACAUAGUUUAAACUAUAAUGUUGAUAUCAUGGUUAGUCAUCCUGUAUAGUCUCAGAAACAUUCUUUAAACUAUAAUGUUGACAUCUGUCUGUCCUUUUAUAUGUUGUUAUGUCUGUUAAUUGGAGAGUGGUUACAUUUCUGUAGCCCCAUCCUAAAGAUUUUCCCAAAAACAGUGGUGGGGUUUACACUUUGUUAUUGGUUGAACUGCAGAUUUCCCCUUUAACUAUUUGACUAUGGUACAUCCAUCCUUUACACUGUACAAAAAAAAUCAAUAAAGUUAUGAAAAGAC